CCAGUGGAAACAAAAGUCAGUAUAUUUCGGUAUGGCUCACGGUUAAACAUAGUCUCGCCCACGCUACUCACGCGCCGCCAUCGUCGGCACCCGCUCGCCCAGUCCCAUCUGCCUCCUCGACGCCUUUACACGCAACAGAUUCACUGACAGCACACGAUGAGCCGCGUUGGACGAGGAAGACGCACACGCGUCUAUGACUGCAACUAUAACAAAGGAGAGAGCUAUUACCGACCAGUUUUAGACCGACUUGAUGGCAAGACACCGAUAGUCCGUGAACCAGAAAAUGAUCGGGUCAAAAAUGGCAUGGAGAGUCGCUUCCGCAGCGCACUAGACGAGGUAGAAGCAGCCAGAGACGAGUUUUUCGACUCAAGAGGUGCACGUGCGUCUAGAGGCAAACCUUUGUCUUCUGCUUUUGAAGAUGAAGAUUUUAAUGACGAGGUCACAGAGUCACUGAGGCGCUUACGUGCUAAAAAGGCUUCGCGGAUCACUGAAGACGUCGACUUUGAUAACAGCGUUGCCAACCUCGAGAACCGGCUAAAGAUUUCCGAUAAGAUCCUAGAAAGUGUGGGUCUUGGUAGCACGGAGAUCAGCAGUGCGCGACGUGCUUUAAAAGAGAAUGAGGAACGCACAGAAAAACGCAUCGCCCGCAGAAUAAAUGAGGAGAAUGGAUUAACUAAGUGGACCGCACUAAAGGAUUUUGAUGAUGAAAGUGCAGCUGUUCAGCGUGCGAAAGCGACAAGAGCCCGCCUCACGGAUCUUGAAGACGAGAUGACAGAGCUGAACGAGAGAACUGCUGCUAGAGAAAAACGUGCCGCCCGCCUCCGGGCGCUAGUGGCUGACACGGAAUCUGACUCAACUGUCACCACCUCCAAUGUUGCUUCCUCUAAACUAAGCAUCCGCUCAGAACGCGAGAAAAAACAAGUCACCUUCUAGACAUUAACAAAUGGUCCGACGGUGCGUCCAGACUUAUAUAACAUAAUAUGUUUUAAAACAUGGUUUUAUAACAUUUUAGUAGAGUAAAGAAUGUGGACGUGUUAUAAAUAGAAAGUUUAACAUGUUACAUAAUCUGAACGCACCUUUUUAAAUCCCCUCAGACUAAAGGACAAGAUAGACGGACUAAGCAAAUACACUCUUAGGUAAUCUAUUUACGUACAGCUUUAUACCAUAACUAACCACUACGCCUGCUAUUACGGAUAGCGUAGAUUUUAAUUUAUUUUCACGUACUGCACGGUAUCUAGUCACUCCGUCUAUAUAAAUCCCUAAUCUGAGUUUAACCCAAACUGUUAAUGUAUACAGCUGAGUUUAGGUUUAGAUAAAUUAAUUAUAUUAUUACUAGACUGUGUAUCCUGCAUUUGUCAUUUUAAACACGUUCUAGUCAGUGUUUCUUUUAUAUUUAUGGUAUAGAAUAAAGCACUUGUAUUUACCUUGUUUUAUUUAAGUCUCUUAUAUUAUAAAUAAAACUUUAAUAAAUUCA